AUGAAGGUCGAACACCAGGAUAAUAGCUCCUCGGCUUCUGCUGAUCCCAGUGGGCCCGUGCAGGGUGUCGAGGAUCUGGGAGAGCCCCCCGAGCACUCGAAGAGCAAGACCGAUGCCGGUGAUAAUGCGCCCGCGGAGAAUGGUCAGAAGUCGACCAACUCGAAAGACCCGUCACGCCCGCGACGGAAGAAGGCCCGACGCGCGUGCUUUGCUUGCCAGCGGGCGCAUCUGACUUGCGGUGAUGAGCGACCAUGUCAGCGAUGUAUCAAACGAGGCCUCCAGGAUGCCUGCCAUGACGGUGUUCGCAAGAAGGCCAAGUAUCUGCACGAUGCGCCGGACGGAGCCUUGAUGCCCGGAAUCGGCGGCAACUUCUACGGUAAUACCAUGCGCAGCAGCCUGCCCAUGUCGAGAAACGGCGCCAAUGCUGUCAAUGCGAACACGCCGCAGAAUUCGGCCCCAAACUUUUACCCCACGCCCCAGUCCAGCUCAUAUAACGUCUACCAAGAAAACACCCUCAACCAGAACUCCUUUACCUCGCAAUCUCCGAUGUCUCCGACCUUCAACCUGAAGACCACGCCAACCGCCCGAAACAACAGUCUGUCGUCUUCUGUCGGCCAGCAACCGCCCAGCGCAACCGUUUCGGGGGCGGCCACUCAGAACCCGAAUCCGCUUGGGGGGCCGUUCUUCGAUCCGAGCGACCCGGCUCUCUUCAACUUUGACCUGUCGAGCAUGAACUUCGAGAAUCGGUACGGCGCGCUAGAAUUUGGGAUGCUGGGGCACAUGGCGACGGGCGCCGGCGACUCGCCCAGCGACUCCGCCACGCAGCGAGGGUCGAUGGGCCGCAGCGGAUCGGCGCAGUUCUCGAAUACGCCGAUCACCGGGGCGGCCGCCUUUGGGGACAGCCCCGGGGGUCAACAGCCGUUCAUGUUUGGCGAUCCUUUGCUCAACGAAUGGUCUAAUGGCCAGCCCUCGGGCCAGCCGCACAUGAACGUGGGCGGCGUGUAUGCGCAGUCCGGCCAAGGCAGCGUGAUCCCCGGGCACCUGUCCAAAGCCGACGCACCCCAUGCCUUCGCCAUCGAAAGCGGGCCCCCGGCGAGUUUUGCCAGCCCCAGUGCGACAACUAGUCCGCACAUGACGGCCGGCUUCGACGAGGUGACGUUCAACAACACCGUGGCGAACAAGUCCAACGGUCUCGUUCCGAACGGCCAGCGCCCGACGAUCACAACGCCGAGUCUGAAGCAGCAGACCCUUCAGGUCGGCACCAAACGACGCCAGCGGAACCCGUCGUCUAUCUACGAGAAUGUCAAGGAACCCUACGCCUAUACGAAUCGCUUUCACAACCUGACCGCCUUCAUCCAGCGGCGCUUUCCUCCGCAGAAGACCCUGCAGAUUGCCAAAGCGCUGGCCUCGAUCCGACCCUCUUUCAUUGCCACGACCAAAACCCUGAACCGCGACGAUCUGAUCUUCAUGGAGAAGUGCUUCCAGCGGACCCUGUUUGAGUAUGAGGACUUCAUCAACGCGUGUGGUACCCCGACCAUUGUCUGCCGCCGGACGGGCGAGAUUGCGGCCGUCGGCAAGGAAUUCAGCAUCCUCACGGGCUGGAAGAAAGACGUCUUGCUGGGCAAGGAGCCGAACCUGAACGUCAACACCGGCGGCACCGUCCCCGAGUCAGGCGCAUCCUCGCGCAGCUACACGCCGCGCAGCUCCGCCGGCGAGGCCCCUGCGCCGGGGCGGCCGCACCCGGUGUUUUUGGCGGAGCUGCUGGAUGACGAUAGCGUGGUCGAGUUCUACGAGGACUUCGCACGGCUGGCCUUUGGAGAUUCGCGUGGCAGCGUGAUGACCACGUGUAAGCUGUUGAAAUACAAGACGAAGGAAGACAUGGAACUGGCGCGGUCCGAUGACCACCAGCGAUGGAACAACCACCUGCGCAAAGGUGGCAUCGCCAGCGAGGCGGGGAUGAACCAGCUGGGCUUCAAAGACGGCAAAGUCGAAUGCGCGUACUGCUGGACAGUCAAGCGAGAUGUGUUCGACAUUCCCAUGCUUAUUGUGAUGAAUUUUCUACCAUGUAUUUGA